AGCGACAUGUGCAUGUGACCACCUCUCUCUCUCUCUCAUUUCCAGUCACCACCUCCAGCCUCUCCUCCAAUGGCUUUCCCAAACCUCUUCUCCUUCUCUCUCCUCCUCUUCCUCUCCUUUUCUACCUGCAAUGUGGCUGUGGUGGAGGCGCAGGCAGAUGACACCAGUUUGCGGCUGAUGACCGACGCUAUGGAGUGGCCAACCACCACCUCCUUGUACUCUUCUUCCUCCUCCUACCCGUUCGGCCAUGAGGUAGACGAAGAAGAGCUUGAAGAGGCGGCGAACCGCAACAGGAGGGCUCUGUUCUGGUACCGGAUCCGGUACUACAUCUCCUACGGGGCGCUGUCGGCCAACCGGGUGCCGUGUCCGCCUCGCUCCGGCCGCUCUUACUACACCCACAACUGCUACCGCGCCCGCGGCCCCGUCCGCCCCUACCAUCGCGGCUGCAGCGCAAUCACCCGCUGCCGGAGGUGAACACAAAAACCCGAAAUAAAACACAAAACAAGAAGAUCCUUCUUUUUAUCCCAUUCCAUGCCGGCGACUAAGUCCCCUGUUUCUAUUUGCUCUGUUCUUGCUAUUAGUAGUGAUUCUAGUGGAUAUAUCUAAGUGUUAUGUCGAUCUGGUUGGGCCAUGGUGGACGGAUAUUGGUGGACGACGGAUCUGAUAUGGUUGCUUUUUUAUUAUAUAUGUAUUUGCUCUUAGUAUUCGGAAUGAGAUUGGUUUUUCUUAUAUUGUUGUUUGACUGAGGAACGUUGAUUUGCCUCUCUCUUUUUUUUAACGGCAAUUAUUUUUUUCC